UAUGAUUUUAUAGGGGGGUGUUGGGCUAAAUAAAGAAAAGUUUUUUGCCGAGUUUCUCGAUCCAUCAACAUUCUUUCGAACAGCAACCGCCUCUCUCUCUCUGUCUCUAUUCAUCCUUGUUCAUUGGAACAUCCGAGACGACUUCUUCAUCUUCAAGGUAUCGGAAGCUAAUAUUUUUGAGCCAUGAGCACAGUGACCAGGCCUUCUUCUUCAGCGACAACCUCUGUCAUCUUAGAAACCCCUGUUUCUCAGUCACAGCCUACAGAAAGACUAGUGCUUCGGCUGAACAGGAAGAAGAAGAAAGUCUCCUGGAAAGACGGCACAGUUGAUAACGAGUUCAUGCAGAAGAAGAGUUCCAAGAAAUGUUGCAUCUUUCACAAACAGAAGCCCUUUGAUGAGGAUGACAGCGAAGAAGAUGAUGAUGAUAACCACCACGAUCAUGAUCAUGAUCAUGACCAUGAACACUGCGAAUCUGGUGAGGCCUCUUCUUCUAACGGUUCCAAAGCAGCUAAUUAAUCAAUUGAGAGUUUUUUUCACAUCAUAAUAUAGAGAUAUUUGAAGCUUUAUAAUAUGUCAUGGAAGAACACUUAUUCGUCUGAGGUUUUGGGUUCUCAUGAUUUUCUCUUCUUCUACUUGACACAGCAACACUGGUUGGGCUUUAUUAGUAUAUGUACAUGUAAUUUGCAUAUUGCACUGUAAUGAUAUUAUUCAUUGCAAUGCUGAUUUAAACUACUUAAAUCUGUAAAGACAAUUAUGUGAGAGCAUCUUUUCAAUUAUGAUCGUUUAAUA